AUGAUUCCUCAACUGAUUGCUGCGCUGACUGUUCUCACUGUGCUGCCUGUGACGGCUAGCCCGGUUGAGCUGACGCGUCGAGGAACGGUUGGAUCCGACGUUAUUGUCGGAUUUCCCGAAACAGUUCCAGCCGGUGCUACUGGCGACCUCUAUUUGGCCUACCAGCCGAAACUAUAUGUUGCAAAUGGCUGCGUGCCUUUCCCGGCCGUAGAUGCAAACGGGAACACCAAUGCCGGUCUCAAACCAACAGGAAGCCCUAGUAGUGGAUGCAGCAAGAGCACGGGACAAGUAUACGUGAGAAGCGGUUCUUCGGGUGACAAACAUGCCCUGAUGUAUUCCUGGUAUUUCCCCAAGGAUUCGCCUUCGACUGAUCUCGGCCAUCGCCACGAUUGGGAAGGGGUUAUUAUCUGGCUUUCCGACGACAAAAGUACUGCUGCCUCGAACAUUGUGGCCGUUUGUCCGUCGGCACAUGGUGCCUGGGAUUGCAGUACAGACGGCUAUACGCUUGAUGGGACUGCAUCUCUGAUCAAGUACGAGUCUGUUUGGCCUGUUAAUCAUUCUCUCGGCCUAACAACCACCGUCGGCGGCACACAGCCAUUGGUUGCCUGGGAGUCAAUGUCAACUGUCGUACAAAAUGCCUUGGAUACAACCGACUUUGGAUCAGGGAAUGUUCCGUUCAACGAGAACAAUUUUGCUUCCAACCUGGCGAAGGCAACGUUCUGA